AUGGCGGAGAGUUCGAAAACACCGAAAGCGACGCGAAGAGGAGGGCGAUAUUGCGCCGCUGGAACCCCAAACCAGCGAAGUUGUAAAAAUACGACAUUUACGCCUGGAAUACGUAUGCACGAGUUUCCAUCUGAUCCGUCUGUAAGAGCUCAAUGGGUGCAAUUUGUGCGUCGCCAUAGGCAUGAUUAUAAAGACCCGACCUCGAAGUAUGCUUCGUUAUGUUCUGCACAUUUUGACGAAUCUUGCUAUGAAAGGAAGAUGUCAGUUGUCAGGUCUGUGAAGAAAGAGUAUAAACUUGAAAUGAGAGUCUUUUUAAAAGCGACUGCCGUGCCAACGAGGGAUUCUGUUACCCCUCAGUCACCUGAAAAGAUCAGUCAGCGAGAAAAGAGGAAGGUAAGAAUUUCAUAUGUUUACACGCUUAUUUCCAGCGAUCUGUGCUACAGUAGUAGUCCCACAUAUUUUUUCUAUGUCAGGAAUACCAGCUACCGUUUACUUGUCUUCAUAACUAUUUAAAGAUAUGUACGAUUUGCUUAGUUUUCACCACUUCGUGACUUUCAAGAGAGUCUAAAAAUGACCUUGAUGUGUGAUGUGACGUCAGUAAACAAGACGGCCGCAUUUUUUUAGGUUUCUUCCGACAAAGUGAGAAGAAUAAAAACCCUUAGUUUUGGUCGUCGUUGACAAUAAUUCGACGCCAAUAGGUAAACUAUAUUAGUCCAGUUAAACAGUCAAAAGGGUUUCCUUUUUUAUCCUAGAAAAAGAAUUGCUGUUUUCUUUACAGACAUAUCAGAUUUUAUUAAUAGUUAGCUUAUAUAUUAUAAUGUUUUUCGGAAGUGGCAUUGUAAUAACAUCAAUAAGUUUUACCUGUUCUUUGUUUCUUGUUUUAGUUAACACGUGAAGUUAUGGCUAAAGUGAAUGUGCCUCCCAAAAAGAAAAAGAAAAAGCCUUCCUCAUCCACUGCUCCUGCCACUUUGGAACCAGCUUCUGAUGGUACAACAUCUUUAGACCAAGGUGCAGAAUCAGAAGCUGUUUCCAAAGACAUGCAAAUGCCUACUACUUUGCCUGGGCCAUCAACUUCUGGUGAGGACGUUAUAAACAUCCCAUCAACCUCAGCCUCUGUUACGGUGCCUACAAUUCAGGAGCCUGAGGAGCCUCCUUCAGACAACUCAGCAGCAUAUGGUACGACCUCAUCCUCCAUGCAUACUGGUACAACAAGCUGUAAAGGAUGCAAGCACAAAGCAGAGUACCAAAAAGCAAUGCCCGCGAAGAAACGGCUGAAGGGCAAAGUGAAAGGUCUAAAAAAGGAGGUCUGUUCUUUGAGGGCCACCAUUGCUGAACUUCAGAGUGUAAGUUUUACUCAGUUUACUACCAUAUUUUAUUUUUUUCAAUAACUUGAAGUAAUGCUCUAAAAGAAUAAUAUAACCUUUUCUUGGUUUUGAUUUAGUGUGUGGCUGAAAACGAAACAGAGGAAGAAGAAGGAGAAUCUGCACAGCUAAGUAGUGAGCGUACUUCACAUGGCCAAAAUUAUUUUUCAUGGUCAAGCACUGGAGAGGAAGAGGAGGAUGGUGCUGUGGAAGGUAAUGACCAAGAGUGGGGCCCAACAGGAGCGAGUUCAGAGGAAGAGCAAACCACAGAAGAUGAGGAAGAAAUACCAGAAUCAAAUGCAAAUGAUAUAAAGUAAGAAUUAAUGUCUGUAGCCCAUUGUUUAGGUGUCGUUGGAAAAGCCACUCUUGGGGUUACCUUCUUGUGUUAAGUUCCUUCCUGCUUUCAUCUGAAAAUCAGGGUGUUUCUUUUUGUGUUUGUUGUAGUAUUUCUCUUGGCUUAAGUUCUUCAAGUAUUAAGUUAUGUUUUCAUCGUUCAAGAUGUAAAAUUAACGUGUCAUGCUUUGGAUCGAUUACCUAUUGAAACUUUCAAACUUGUGAGCCAUGAAUUAUUGAAAAGGUCUCUUUUCUUUGUUUCAAUACUGUAUAAUAAUUAUAUAUAUAUAUUAUUCUUUUCUUUUCAGGGCAGAUGCAGACUCUUCUGACUACCAUUACAACCAGCCAAAAUUUAUUGUUUUUUAUGAAAUGCUUUUGAAAAUUUUUUUGUUAUUUUGCUUCAACUGCAAAGAAAAUAAUCCUCAAGUGUCUAUGGUUCAAAAUGGCACAAUGGUGACUGUUAGGCAGAAGUGUGCCAAAAGCAUUAAGGGAUAUGUGUGGACCUCUCAAAGGAUGAUGCCUCAUGGAAAAUAUCCAGCUGGUAAUGUCCUAUUGAGUCUUGCUGUUUUGAUGGCUGGUGCCUCUAUCAGCAAGAUUCUCCUUGUGUUUCGUCACAUGGGACUGGUUUGUUACUCUGCAAGAACAUUUUUUAAGCACCAAAGAUCGUUCCUAUUUCCAGCUGUUAUUCACCAUUGGGAGUCCUACCAGACUGACCUCAAUAAGGUCAAGGACCUGAAGGAUGUAGUUUGGGCUGGGGAUGGCCGGUAUGACUCCAUGGGGCACUCAGCGAAGUAUGGUGAAUACACAUUGCUAUGUACAACCAUCAUGAAAAUUGUACACUUUGAGCUUGUUCAGGUAUGAAGGUUUUAUAAGUGCAGCCCUUCCAUAUAAAAGACAUGACAUGAAAGCCACCAUUUAUUAAAACCAAGAGAGAGUGCAGAGAAACAAAAUAAGGUGUUACUCAACCUUGAAAAAUUGUAUUCAGUUCUAGUGAUAUAGAACCCUUACAACACAUCUUCUUGUCAUCCAAUGAAAAUUUUCAGUAAAAUUACCCAUUUACUUUGUUAUGUGAACUGAAUUUUUUUUUUUUACCUUACUGUUGUAAAAAUAUAGUUUCAAGCAUCUAUUAAGAACACGAUGUCUUGGACCCGCCAAUUAUUGAAGAUUUAUUAGAUCUCUUUCUCAAAAAAUUUCUUACAGGCAAAUGAGACUGGUGGCAGCUACCAAACAGAGCUUGAAGGAGUAAAACGGUGCUUUGGCUUUCUGCAGCGGCUUGGCGUUAAAAUUGGGGUGUUUAUCUCUGACCGUCAUAGAGGUAUAGCCAAAUGGAUUAGAGAAAACUGCCCUGGCACUACUCACUUCUUUGACAUUUGGCAUGUGGCCCGCUCAGUUACCAAAACGCUGCUUGCUGCAAGUAAAGAGAAGGGAUGUGAAAUCAUCCAGGAUUGGAUGAAGGGAAUUCGCCGACACCUUUAUUGGAGUGCUACAUCUACCAAACCUGGUUUUGGCAGCCUCAUCCUGGCUAAGUGGAAUUCAUUCCUGCGACAUGUUGCAAAUAAACAUACUGAUCACCCUGACCCACUCUACAAGGUCUGCAAUCAUGGAAACCUUCCAUCUAGAAAGUGGAUCAAAAUUGGUGAGGAUAUAAUUUUUAAUGUAUUUAUAAUUAAAGGUCACAGCUGUUGGAAUUGUCUUUAAUUUUAGUGUACCAAAAGUUCAUGUACACCCUUUUACUUUUUAUUGUAGGUACUGCUGCCUAUGACAAACUUAAAAGCCUUCUCACAGGCAAAGCAUUGCUGAAGGAUAUAGAGCAGUUGUCUCCAGAUGCCCAAACAAGUUGCUUAGAGGGGUUUCAUGCCACCUUGAACCACUGGCAUCCAAAGAUGAUUGGUUUCUCUUGGCUCGGCUCCUUUUGCAGGUAGUACUAAAUUUUUGUUGUCAAAUACAAAAAAUUAUGUUACAAAAACAGUUAGUGUCCAACAAACAUUUUUUAAAUUAAUACUGGUUUUUCAUGACUAUUGACUACAUAACAGUUAGUACUUAAUUGACAACCAGUGGUUUCAACAUAUUUUGAAGUAGGUGCCUGACUCUGGAAAAGUAGGCAGCUGUUACAAUCGAGAUUGUUUGUCUAGAGCUGAUAGUUAUGACCAGAGUAGCCGGCGACAUGCUAUCAAGUAGCCGGUUUAACUCCGGCGGUCACUGGCUUGUUUUGAAACCCCUGAUUGACAACCCAUUUCAAGUCAUUGCACCCUCCUCCUGCCCCUCAUGUCACAGAAUGCUUGUUUGGAAUUUGUUUUCAGACACAUCCUUGCCAGUCUCCACUUCAAUGAGAAUCUUCAUAGG